AUGGUUUCAAUCAGCUGCGCUCGCCGUUUGCUGAUUCUUUGUCGGCAUGUGGCAGCGCCACACACACCCACUAAUGCCCGUUUGGUCAUGGCUGGUGUCGCAGAUGCCUCUGCUGAUCUGAAGCGCAGUCGCCGUCAAGGACAUGCCGUUCCAGAUGCCCUGAAGCAGGAAGGAAGUUCGGCUGUAGCGUAUUUCGAGAACAAUGCGCGCAGGCUAUCCCAUGCAGAGAAGGUUCGAACGAUGCUUCGCACUACCAGCAGUGGCACGCUCUCGACAGUGCAUCAUGAAACUGGCUGGCCAUACGGAAGCAUUGUGAACUUUGCAACAGAAGCGCGUUCUGUCGCCGAGGGCGGCGCUCGUAUUGUGACCUUUCUUUCGAGGUUGGCAGAACAUACAGCAAAUCUUUUGAAGAACCCCCGGGCAUGCGUGCUGGUUGCAGAAGUCCAAGGCAAAGGUGAUCGCCUUGCUGUUGCGCGAGCUGCACUUCUGGUGGAAGCAUUGCAGGUUGAGAAGACAGACGCCGCGAAGAAGGCGUUUUUGUCUGUUCAUCCCAAUGCAUCAUACGUACAUUUCGAAGAUUUCUUGUGCUUCGAGAUGUCUGUGAGCUCCAUCCGGUACAUUGGUGGCUUUGGCGAGAUGUCUUGGGUUGCCGGGCAGGAGUUUGCAUCUGCGGAGUUUGAUCCUGUUGCUGCGGAUGCGGACGCCGUCAAAAACGCGGUGGAGCACUGCAACGAGGAUCAUGCUGAUGCAGUUUUGGACAUGGCCAAGGCGUUUGCAGGUCUUCCCUCGGCUGCCAAAGCCACCAUGCUUUCAGUGGACCGUUAUGGGUUUGAUGUCCUUUGUCAGAUGCCAGAUGGUUUGAGGCGCAGCCGGGUUGAAUUUCCGCAGCGUUUGAACGGCUCCGCUGAUUUGCGGGAGGCGAUGAUGAAAACUACUCAGUUGGCUCGGGAGAAGUUGCCGCAGACGUGA